AUGGACGUGCGUGCGAAGUCCUACGAGAGUUUGCAGAGUCACAACUCGCUGACGUCGGAGGCCAAGCAUGAGCUGGUGAGUUUCAUCUUCCCUGACUGCAGGGCUCUUUACAAGUUACACAUCGACCGGUGCCGUGAGCUGAACUACUCAGAGAUUCAGCUGGAAGGCUUUGAUAUAUACAUUGUUGAGCAGUGGGCCGCUGUGCGGAAGCUUUCCACGCUGAUAACCACGUACACUGGUAACUCUCAGGACUCUAUAUUUGCCGUGCGGGUGCUGCUUCCCAGGGAGCCCAGCCUGUGGCCCCCCGAAUUCAAGGCUUACCAUGACCAAUUAUUGAAAUUCUGUAAGCCCAUGGUGCGAGAUAAAGGCAUAGUCUUUGUUACAGAGCUGUCUACCAUCCCGUCUAACCUGAAUAUACUGCACGUUGACACGGGUGACCAGCGGGAGGCGUGGAAGAACUUCAAAGUCAACUACGAUCUUAAACGGUUACACUGUGGCGGAAGGUCAGCCCUGCUCUUGCGCGGUCCCUCCAGUGCUGCAGUGGGUAAAUUCGCCCAGCUGUUUAAGAUAUCUAUGGACCAUUUCCCACAAGAUAGUGCGCCAGGUUCAAGCGAUACAACUCCACAGAAUGGUGCCGCAGAUAGCAGCCAUCAUAAUGAUAAGAAGACCCUGGGACAAGCACUGCAUUUGGUGAAGAUGGCUUCUCACUACGACCAACAUAUGUACUGUCCUGUCGCAGAACUAAUAACCCUGGUACAGAUAUCUUUAAACUACUUCAACAUGUUCGAAGGUUGCCCUUAUAAAGAUGGUUUACUAUGUGAAGAAACGAAGAAAGCCAUAGAAAAUUGGUGGGAUAGUUAUGGUAAGAUAUAUCUGGGUAUUGAAAAACCUAAAAAUGAGGCAAUAUUAGGACCCACUACUGUAGCGUCUUUGUUCAGCUUUGUGCUUUGUUGUUUCUUCAAACUAAUGCUUGAAGAUUGUAUUUCCUCUAAGGAUCCCUUUGAUGAAGAAGAAUUUUUCACUGGUAUUUACACAUUUCAAAAGAAGUACAAUCUUGUCAGAGAAGAAGAGCGUACGUAUCUCGAUUUGCUGACUAUACAAAAAUUAUUUGCUGUGACAAACAAAGAAACGAACAGAGAUUUGUUUAAGUUCCACAAAGUGGUCAAAUCUGCUGUUCAUGACAUUAAGGGUAACGGUAAUUUUAGGCAGCUCUCAAAUGAUGUGUUAACAACCGAUUUAGACAACCUUAUCAAAAACGUACAUUGUGGUUCUCUUGGCUGGCUCUGGAAAACCAAAAAUGGAAAGAGAGAUAAUAGCUAUCUCUGGAAGAGAAAUGAGUUUGCUAAUUUCACAUAUGAGAAUGGUGAUUUAGAGACAGAACUAGAGAAACAAACAGCAUUAUGCAAACAAAGAAGGGAGCUUAAAGAGGAGUUGAAGAAACAGAAAAAGGAGUCUGAUAUAAUAUUUGUGGAAGAAAGAGAGUGGAUAGAUGAUGAAAAAAUCCCAGAUAUACCACAAGUAACGGAAAUCGCAAGUUCAAAUGAAUCUAUAUCGUCAAUGUUAUGCAAUUAUGAUGUUGGAAAGUUUAUGCGCAUGAAUGAUACCAAUCAAAGUUAUAGAAAUGAGUACUUCAGAAGGAAUUCCUUUCCCUUCAUGAAAGCUGAGACAUAUCAAAAAUAUCACACAUUUGCUGUUGGAUACGAACCUCUGGCUUCCGUGAGACACAGAGCUGGUUCAAUAAGUUGUAUUCAGGAUGGAUUAGAAGUAUGGGACUUACCAUUUGAUUCAUCGGCGGUUAAAAUUGCUCGGGAUAUAAUGAGAACUGAAAGAUUAGAAGAUCCAAAUGGCCCUCAGCUGGAAAGCUUUUCAGAAAAUGUGAUUGAAGAGGAUAUCUGCUAUGAAGAUGAGGAGUUAAUGAGAGAGUGUUCCAAGUUCAGUGAUAAAUUCAAAUCGAUAUUGCAAGAGCAUAAGACUUACUAUUCAAAUCUGAAAACGCUAGAUGAUGCUAAGUGGAAAGUCGGUCAUGAUCAAGCUUUACUAGAGAACGAUAUGGAAGAAAUUAACUCUUUGAGUUCAAAACUGGCUUAUAAUGUUAAGGUUCUUGAAAGAAGAGUAAGAGAUGUAGAGCGGAGCAUAAAUAGAUUUCAAGAUAAAAUAAGCACAGUGCAGGAUAGUAUACUUGAAGGUGGUUGUGGAAUUAAAGAUUCGCUAUUUGCGACUUGUGAUGAGAAAGAAUUGCAGGAGAUUAUAUUGGGGAUGAUGAAUAAAGAGAAAACUAAAUAUCAAGCUUUGUGUCUAAAGGUUAUUAGCAUGGAGGUAUUUAGUCAGUUUAAGGAUGAUUUGAUGGGAUGGUGCAAAUGGUUAUUCGGCGAAUUUUCUUUCCACAAAGGGAUAAAGAAAAAUGCCAAUGAUUAG